AUGGCUACCAUCGGGAUGGUCGAACCGUUCGAUACGGAACACCCGGAAAAUUGGGACGCCUACGCGGAAAGGGUUGACUUCUUCCUCGAGGCCAACGGGAUCACCACCGAUGGCGACAAAAGGGCUGCGUUCCUAAGCAUUUGCGGUCCUACCACGUACAGUAUUUUAAGAUCGCUGGUGCAACCACAGCAAGUAAGGGAAACCCCACAUACGGAGAUCAUGCAAAAACUGAAGGCACAUUUUGCUCCGAAACCGUCAGAAAUUGUGUGCCGGUUCAAGUUCCAUCAGCGGCGCCAGCAACCCGGGGAGGGUAUGGCGAAGUUUAUAAACGCACUACGCAAUCUGGGAGAGGGCUGCAAUUUUGGCUCUGUGUUAAAUGACAUGAUCCGCGACCGCAUCGUGUGCGGAGUGGCCGAGGAAUCCCUGCAACAGCGACUCUUGGCAAAGGAAACCCUUACCUUGGAGGUGGCGCAAGCAACAGCUUUGGCAUUCGAAGCAGCUGCAAGGAAUGUAUCGGACCUGCGAGGAACUCCUGAGGGCUUUCUAAAGAAAAUAGAUAAUCGGAAGGAAAUGACAAAGUUAUGUUUUCGGUGUGACGAAUCGCAUUCAUCGGAAACAUGCAGGUUUAAAACAGCGGCGUGCCGUUUUUGUGGAAAGAUGGGGCAUAUCGAGAGGGCAUGUUUGAGGAAGAAACGGAACAGGGGUAGUAAGCGGUCCGAGCAGGUGAAAGCAGUGGCGUCUGACAACGAUUCCGGUCGACAAAAUGAGAGUGACAGUGAAGAGGGCACCGAGUAUUCUAUUCACAGAGUAUCCCCAGGAGAUCCUGGUAAGCUACAAGUUAAGUUGUUACUUAAUAGUACUGCAUGCUGUUUGGAAGUCGACAGUGGCGCGGCUUAUACCGUCAUUAGUGCCAGCUGUUUCAAUUCAUUACGAAGGAAGCCCAACUUAGAACGGAACACAAUCAUAUUACGGGACUAUCAGGGCAAUAUGAUUGAGACACUGGGGACGGGGUACGUACGUGUCGAAUACAAAAACGUGCACAAAACUCUUCCUGUGAUCGUAAUUAAGGGAACGCGCGUGGUGAAUCUUUUGGGGCGAAACUGGUUUGAGCCAUUGAACAUUAAUGUGUCUGGGAUUAACCAAGUGCACAACGCGGUACUUAAUAACGUGAUUCAAACUGAACUAGAAAGCGAAUUCGCGGAAGUGUUUGACGGGACUUUGGGCGUGUUCCGAGGCCCUCCAAUUAGCCUCAAUUUACCACGAGAUGUCAAUCCCAUUGUGUGUAAGGUACGAAAGGUCCCAUUCGCAUUACGACCUCUGAUUGAGGAUGAGCUGGAACGCCUACAGCAGCAGGGAGUUAUUGAACCUGUGACGCACCCCAGAUGGGCCACGCCCAUAGUUCCGGUGGUUAAGGCAUCGAAUGAGAUCCGGUUGUGCGCCGAUUAUCGUAUAACUGUGAACAAGGUGUUGCGACCAGAGACCUACCCCAUUCCGAACGUGCAGGAUAUGCUGGCCAACCUAGCUGGAGGUCGUGUUUUCGCAAAACUUGAUUUGACACAGGCAUACCAACAGCUGACUGUCGAUGACGAAGCCGCCGAGGCACAAACUAUAAUCACACAUAAGGGGGCGUUCCGGGUGAAACGUUUGCAAUUUGGGAUUAGCAAUGCACCACAAAUCUUUCAGCAGCUAAUAGAUCAGAGGCUGCAAGGCAUACCAGGGGUCAUGCCCUAUUUUGACGACAUUCUGGUGGUUGCUAAGGAUGAGGCACAGUUGUUAGGACGAUUGCGGGAAGUUCUGACCAGAUUUAGAGAAGACGGCCUUAAGCUGAAGAAGGCAAAAUGUGUAUUCAACGUACAUGAAAUCGAAUUCCUGGGUCAUAAGAUUAGUUCCAGAGGACUAGAGCCAGCAGAGGAAAAAAUUCAAGCGAUCAUUCGAGCACCGGCCCCAAGUAAUGUUACGGAACUGCAAGCCUUCUUGGGAUUGGUCAAUUUCUAUGGGCCAUUCCUCGAAUCGAAAGCAACAAUAGCGGAGCCACUGCAUAAGUUACUGCAUAAAAAUGUAACAUUUAGAUGGGGAAGAGACGAAGCACAAGCAUUUGGGCGUGUUAAGUCGCUAUUAACGAAAAAACCCAUUUUAUGCCAUUACCAUGAAGGUAGGAAACUAAUCUUAACCGUAGAUGCGAGUUCGUUUGGAGUAGGCAUGGUUCUCAGUCAGCCGCAGGAAAACGGAAGGGAGGCGCCCAUCGCAUUCCAUAGCCGUACGUUGUCAAAACCGGAAAGAAACUUUGCCCAGGUGGAUAAAGAAGCGUUAGCCAUCAUGGUGGGAGUUAAGAAAUUCCACAACUACAUAUUCGGACGGAAGGUUGAAAUUCGAACAGACCAUAAGCCCUUGCUGGGAAUCCUGGGAGAGAAUAAGCAUUGCCCAAACGAAAUAUCGCCCCGCAUGCUGCGCUGGAGGUACAAUUUGAGCGCAUACGAUUACAAUUUGGUCCAUGUAGCGGGUAAGAAAAUUCCACAUGCUGAUGCCUUGAGUAGGCUUCCGCUACCGACAACUCGAGAAGAUGUUCCGAGAUGCGCGGAUGUCCUGAUGUUUGAGUGUGUGGAAGAAUCUCCAGUAUCUGCCCAAGAUGUAGCUAGACAAACUGCUAAGGAUCCCGUCUUAGCUCAUCCAUACUGGACGCGGCGGAAUGAUAUCACGUCGUAUAGGAAUUGCCUGUUGACUGGAACCCGUGUCAUUAUCCCGCCGGGAGAGAGAAAAAGGAUUCUGCAGGUGUUGCACGAGGCUCACCCAGGGAUCGUUCGCAUGAAGGCGCUGGCAAGAAGUUAUGUAUGGUGGCCAGGAGUGGACUCGGACAUCGAGGAUUUUGUUGCCAAAUGCGAAAUAUGCCAGCAACACAGACAUAUGCCACCCAAGGCUCCCAUUCACCCUUGGGAGUUCGCAAGGGAACCAUGGCAGCGCAUUCACGUGGACCAUGCCGGCCCAGUGAACGGGAACUAUUUUCUCCUGGUUGUUGACUCGUACAGCAAGUGGUUAGAGAUGAGACGAGUCCCUUCCCUUUCAUCGACAACCACCAUCCAAGUAUUACGGGAGAUAUUUGCGACACAUGGGCUGCCGGACGUCAUAGUCAGCGAUAACGGCACAGCAUUCACGUCUGAAGAAUUCAAGCUUUUCGCUAAGAAGAAUGGAUGCCGAGCAGUGAAUGUGGCCCCGUAUAAGCCAUCAUCAAAUGGGCAGGCAGAGAGGAUGGUGCAAUUUGCGAAAGACUCGCUGAAGAAGAUGGGCAAAGGGGACGUGGAGACCAGGAUCUCUCGAUUCUUAUUGGCCCAACACGCGACGCCGUGCACAACAACAGGACAAUCACCUGCCGAAUUAUUGAUGGGCCGGAGGAUCACCACUGCACUGGAUCGCAUUAAACCCAGCUUGACCACGGAGAUGGAUCAGAAAAGGGACCAGUUGUUAGGGACAGAAGUGCGAAGCUUCAAGGAAGGACAACAUGUAGGUGUUCGUAGUUACGUGCCGGGAGACAAGUGGAUUCCAGCCCAGGUUAUGCAGAAAACAGGACCAGUGUCAUACAAAGUACAGACUCCGGAGGGGAAGUUGUUGCAUCGGCACAGCAACCAAAUGGUUACACGUCCCAUCGAACAAGAAGUCCCCGGGAUAGAAACAUCUUCAGAAACAGAUGAAGACAAACAAGAAGCCAUUCCGGAACGGGCAGAGCAACCUAUGGCAUCGCCAGAAGGUUCUCUUAGAGCGAAACUCCCAUCACCAGAAGGAGGAACCACGCCACGUCCCAGCACACCACGGCCUGAGCGGAAUCGCCGACCACCAAGGCACUUACAAGACUAUGAGUGUGCGUACGUAAAGGGGGAGGAGUGUUGUGUACGCACGGGAGACGCUGGCUGGUACGCCACUGGACAGGAAUGGCAGAGACGCUAG